AUGAAUUUCCUGAGUAUACCUUUGAAGAAGUCCGCUUCUCUUGAUUUAUUUAAUCAUUUCAAACAAUUAAUUGCCCUCCAAUACGAUGCAGAUACUGCAAACGCGUGCUCUGACGCACUUACUGAGUUGGCCUGCAUGCGAAAUGUCUCAUGCGUCAAAGGCGAUACCUACAAUCCAACAGUGGAAGCAAUCGCAGCAUACCAUGAUGCGCUGUAUCAGCUAGAAGGCCGUAUAAAUGUAACUCUUGCUUCACGAGUAGAUUUUAAGUGGAGCGAUAUUGCUGGAAAAACUACCAAGAAGGAAAGCACGCUCAAAUUUGAACGCUCAAACCUCCUAUUUUGCUAUGGUGCUGCUCACAGUCAACUUGGUGAAUCGUGCCGUCCUACUUGUGAAAAUUCACUCCAACAAGCUUUAAAAUCUUUCAAGAUUGCUUCUUCCACAUUUGACUACAUAUCUUCAGAUUUAAUGUCUGGCGUCAAAGAUCCUCUACCAGAUUUAACUUCAUCAGCACUCACAUUGUUUAGUAAUCUUAUGCUUGCUCAAGCAUAUGAAUGUGUCCUCUUGAAAGCUGAAAAAGAUAAAAAAAAGCCUUCGAUUUUAGCCAGAUUAUCAUCAACCUUGACUAGUCUUUAUGAGGAAUGUAUGUCAGGUUGUUCAGGUGGAGCUAAAUACGCUGUUCCAAAAGAUUGGUCUGGCGUAUUAAGCAUGAAAAAAGGUUUAUAUGAAGCUUUGACCCAAUAUCAUCAGUCCGUAGCUUGUUGCGAAGCCAAACAAUAUGGUGAACAAGUAACUCGCAUAUCAUAUGCCUAUGAACUGAUUAAAAAUGUUGCUCGAAAUAGCUGUUUCCAACGAAAAAAUUUAGUGGAGCAAUUUAAACAAGAAGAAACAGUUGCAAUAAAAGACAAUGAUCAUAUAUAUCAUGAAAAAGUACCGUCUAGAGCAUGUCUUACUGCUGUAGAAAGUGUUGAUGUGAUUAAGAAAACCCCAUUGACAUUCCCUUUAUCUUCAUCCAAUACCAAAGAUUUCUUUGAAAAUCUACUUCCCUUAGCUGUUAUAGAAGCUGUUAACACGGCCAAAGGUGUUCGUGCAUCUCUGAUCGAUAGCGAAAUUGGUAAGCUACGAGAAGCAUCUAGUAAAGUGAACGAAGUUUUGGCUUCAUACAAUUUCCCUGCAGCAUUGCUAGCUAAAGGAUCGAACUCAAUUAUGGAUAAUAUUUUAUCCAAAGCUAAUUCUAUACGUCGAGAUGGUGGUUUAGAAAAAUUACAUCAACAACUGUUGUCGAUACCUGAAUAUGUUCAACGUAAUAAGGAAAUCAUUGAAGCUGAGAAAUGUUCUCUAGAUAAUGAAGAAAAUUCUGAUAAUAGUUUGCGAAAACAAUAUGGUGAACGUUGGGUACGGAAACCAUCAAGUGAGUUAAACAAAAUGUGGCGUUCGGAUAUACAGAAGUGCUUGAGUUUACUUGAACAAACUACAAAAACCGAUACAACACUUGUAGAACGAUAUGAAAAGCAUAAAGAACAUCUUGAAAUGUUAAGUAAACCAGAAGAUGAACUUAAAGAGCUUAUUGAAUCAAUUCUAGAAUCAACAGAAUCUGAGCCUCAAGACAAAAAUGAAGGAUUAAAAUCUGAAUUAACACAAUUGUGCAACAAUCUAGAAGCAGUUAAAACAGAAAGAAAUGAUCUAACGGAACAAUUGAAAUUAGUCGAUUAUUCACCAGAUUUGGGUAAGAUUUUUCAAAAAAUUAUGAUCUCUUACCAUAGAGAACACGGUGAAACAAUUGAUUUACAAAUUGCUACUGAUAUGCUUAAUGAAAAAAUGGCAUCUGUGCGUGAAUCGAUUGAAGAAAAUUUAAAUAAACAAGAAAAUUUAUUAAAUACCUUACAAACAAAAGCGGAUAUGUUUUAUGGGGGAUCUGAUAGUAAUUCAAAAGAUAAAGGACUGUUGACAAUGCUGAAUCUUGCUGCCGAUGAAUAUUCUUCACUGAAAGAUGCUGUUCAAGAUGCAACGAAAUUUUACGCUGAGCUUACUGAGAUUUGUGUGAAUACUCAGUGUAAGAUUGAAGAUUUUUGCGCCGCACGUACUACUGAGAAAAAUGAAUUAAUGUCUGAUAUUGCGACAAAUUUAAGUCGAGUUCGUGUUGCAGAACAACCUGUCUUUCCAAAACCAUCCGUCCCUGCUCGACCUGAACUGCCUUACAAUAAUCGUGUUAACCCUGCUCCUCCUGCUCAACCUCAUGUUCCAAUGCCAACACCAUCAAUGCCCAUGGUGAACAAUACUUCAUAUCCGAUGCCUCCACAGCAUUGGAAUCCUCAAGGCUAUCCGAUGAUGCCUCAACCAUAUGGAAUGGCUCCAUAUCCAGCUGUUUAUCCAUUCUAUGGUGCUUAUCCCACAAUGCCACUGCCUCCAAAUCCAGCAUUUUCCCCGCCUAACAUGGUGCAUCCUCCUAAUCCAAUGGAUGGUGGUAAUAAUAAUACUUUCCCUGGUACUGGUGGAGCCGCUACCGGAACAGCUGCUGCUCUUGCUCAAGGACACUAUCUUCCUGGACAACCUUCUGCACAGCCUUAA